AACCACCCCUGUCAACUUUGCUGUCAUGUCUCCACCAGCCAAAUUGCUCACACGCAAGAUCGGUAAAGAGGAUGUCACAGCGAUAGGCUACGGAGCGAUGUCUUAUGACCAGGGGACUGAGAACUUUGAGGAGCGCUUGAAGAUUUUUGAUGCAGUGUAUGAAAGCGGCUGUACAAACUGGGAUACAGCUGAUAUCUAUAGCGACUCUGAGCUGCUUAUCGGCGAAUGGUUUAAACGUACUGGCAAACGUUCUGAGAUCUUCCUCGCCACGAAGUUUGGGUUCUUCCUGCAACCCGACAGACUGAUCAACGGCGAUCCUGAGUAUGUGAGAACCGCCGUGGAGAAGUCCUUGAAGCGUCUUGGGACGGACUACAUAGACUUACUCUAUCUUCACCGGGCUGACCCUACGGUACCAAUCGAGAAAACUGUGGGUGCAAUGGUAGAAUUCGUCAAGUCAGGCAAGGUCAAAUAUCUCGGUCUCUCCGAAGUCUCCGCCGCAACACUCAGGCGUGCCAACGCCAUCUACCCGAUCUCUGCCGUGCAAGUUGAAUACUCACCUUUCACCUUGGACAUCGAGGAUCCGCAAAUUGCAUUCCUCGCUGCGGCGAGAGAGCUCAAGAUCCCCAUUGUUGCAUACAGUCCACUUGGUCGCGGUCUUCUUACAGGCAGAUACAAAGGCCCGAACGACUUUCCCGAGAAUGAUUUCCGAAGGAUUACGGCCCGAUACUCGGAGGAGAACUUUCCCAACAUACUUGCUCUCAUCGAUGAUCUGAAAGCAGUCGGAGACAGGCACGGUGCAACUCCCGGUCAAGUCGCGUUGGCGUGGUUGCUAGCCCAGGGAGACGACAUCAUCCCUAUCCCCGGGACUAGGCAGGUCAAGUAUUUGAAGGAGAAUAUGGCGGCGUUGGACUUGGUUCUCACCCAGGAGGAUAUUGAUGCAGUCAGGAAGGCUGCUUUGAAGGCUGAUAAGGUCAAAGUCGGCGAGAGAUAUCCUAUGGGUAUGAUUCAGGCCUCGUUUGCAGAUACGCCGCCACUGUAGGACACAGCGGACAAACACUGUCUAGCUUAACGGCGUGAUUAGGGCUUGAAUCAGGUUGUAUUUGUACAGUCUGGCAGAGCUGAGAACCUCUGAUACUCGUUAUAGACAAGGGAUGCAAUGUAAUUGGUAGGAGCGUCCUGAGUCGCCAUCGCUUGUCUUUGUUUCAUCAGUAUGUGACCACGGACACCUCGUCUGAUCCUCGAUGAAUUCCACAUCUAUGUCUGUCCUAGUGUUAUCGGAUACAUUGCUAAACAUUCUAGUGGCAACAGUUUGCUGAAUGGAAUCUU